UAUAUAUAAUAGAUGUAGUGUUAGAGUUAAUUUUGUUGCAUUGCCUUUGAAUAUUUUUUUUAUUCGAUAGUUUUUCAAAAUAUUCUAAGCUAUUCUUGUUUUCUUUCGAGAGGUUUAAUUAGCUUAACUAAAGAGUUGAAUUUAUUUAGUGUUAAUUAAUUUGAUUAAUCUUGUUUUUAGACUAGACAAUUUAGAUUAAAUCUUAGUAAAAACCCCUCUUCACAAAAAUCGUUCUAAUUCGCCUAGUUUAGAAUUAAAGGUUUGCGAAAAUUAUUUUAAUCUCUGUGGACGAAUCUUAAAUAUUAAAACGGUGAUCGUGCGCUUGCGAUUUAAAUUUAUUAUUUCUAGCACAUCAUUAUCCUACAGAAUUCUGCUAUUAAUAUCAAAUAAUUUAUCGUAAAUAAUUUAUGAAUUAUUUUUUUGUUUGAUUAAUUAUGUAGUGUAUUUUGUAUAAUGCCCUAUAUUUAAAAGGUAAACUGAAACAUAAAAUGAAAUGGAGGUGUCUUUCUUCAUGUUUGUAUAUCUUACAGGAUACGAAUGUAAAUCCAAAUACAAAAUUUUCAUAUGAUGUAAAUUCUCAUGUCUACAAGUUGCUAAAAAGCAGUGUUCUAAAAAUCGCCGAGUCAGCCGAGUACUCAUUCCGAGUACUCGUUUUUAACCCCUCGUCCGAUCCGAGUUCCGAGUAAUCGGGUUCAAAACCGAUUUAUAAAAAAAUCGGUCAAAACUCGGUUUGACUCCGAGUACUCGAGGUCAAAUCCGAGUUUGACUUAUCAAUUUUUUAUUGUUUUAUUUGAAAAUUAUUUUAAAAGAGAAUAAACGUAAAUUUAUAUAUGUUUUGGUCUUUCUUUAUAAAAUAUUGACAUUAAUUAAAAAGUAUGUGUGUUUUAUCAUUAAAACCCGUGAAUGAUUAUUAUGUCAAAAACUAUUAAACAAGUAACUUUUAUUUGAACUUCAUUAUUUCAAGUGUGUUAUUAAAAUAUUAAUAUUAUCAUAUAGUUUUAUUAUUAAUCAGUAUAUAACCAUAUAUGAGAAAAAAAUAAUUAAAAAAAAUACCCGAUUAGUAAUCCGAUAACUCAUUCCGAGUACUCUCCCGAGUUCCGAGUACUCAUUUUUCCGAAACCAAACCGAGUUGGACCGAGUUCCGAUUUUUACAACCUUGCUAAAAAGUAAGGUAUAAUGUAACGUAAUAUAGAUUGUAAUAAUGAUAACUCAACGCUAUAACAAUACCUAAAUCGGUAUAUACAAAAUCAGACAAUCAAGUAAAACGAAACAAUAACAGAAUCAUUGAAAAAAGUUCAAGAAUAUGUUCAGGCCUCAGUGAAGAUUAAAGUACAAGUUGAUUCAAGGACUACAAUUUGUCCACCGAUUUAGUAUGAAAUGUUAGUAGAUUCCAGUACCGUUAACCUAAUUAUACGUAAUCAGAAUCUGAAACAUUUUUAACGUGGAAUGUACUAAUCAAUGUUAACUGAUAUAUACAGUACGGUAUAAAUUCGAUUUCAGUGAUAGUUGUUUUUGGAACAGAACAUUAAUUUACUCAUCAUAGACAGGAAGACUGUUAGUUACAUUGUAACUUGAUUAUAUUCAUAUGAUACUUUAGAAAUCCAUGCCAUCUUCUAUCGGGAACAUGAUCAAAGAUGGAAAUAUCGUGUCAUCAAAGGAGACAAUCAAGAUCCUAAAACAAGCAAUGUUGGAUAAUAUUAGCGGCGAAUUUUCAAUUGAUCAAUUUUCUUGCAAUGAGGAAUAUCGAGCAGCAUUUGAAGCUGCUUGACGAUUGUGAAGAACGCAAAUGAGGCUCUAAGCAUGCUUGGGAACAAAUCUUUCGACCUGGUUCUAACAGACGUGCAUAUGCCAGAUAUGAACGGUUUCGAACUUCAACGAUGCAUAAUUCAAGAAUUUAGUCUUCCUGUUAUCUUGAUAUCAGCAGAUACUAGAGCAGAAGUUAUGUGCAAUGGACUCAAGAACGGGGCUCAACGCUUCUUAGUGAAGCCUGUAAUGGCCGAUGACUUGAAAGACAUAUGGCAAUUUGCUAAGUGGUGGAAGAGAACCAAGAAUAUUAUCUCAGCUCCACCUAGUCAAAUUAGUGGAAGCUCUCAAGAAAGUGUGACAAUGGUUGAUAGUCACAAUGGGAAAAAUACGAGACUUGUUUGGACUUGGGACCUCCACAGCCGUUUCGUGGAAGCUAUCUUACUUAUUGGUUAUCAUAGAGCUGUCCCAACAAACAUUUUGGAGGUCAUGAAUGUCGAGGGACUAACCAGAAGACAUGUAGCGAGUCACUUGCAGAAAUAUCAGAGGUUCCUCCAAAGCGUGUUGGAUGGGAAGAAAAGAAUUGAAUUUUCCCGUUGGAUAGAUCCUGAUUAUCACUCAAGAUUUGCAUCUGGAAAUCCAGACUUAAUAUUGCUUAAGCAACUCAUAAAUGGGAAGCAAAAAAGGACGUUGGCAUCCGACAAUCUUUUACGACCAACGAAGCAUGAAAACACUCGAACUCCUAAUGGAUCUAAGUCAUCAUUUGGACGGUUGCCACCAUUUACCAUAGGCGACGGGUCCUCAAGCAGAAGUAAUAAUGCAACUUUGAUGCAAAUUAAUGAUUCAUCUACAAAUGUAGCUUCAAGGGUGCUUGGAAAUGCCACUUUACCAAAAGCUCAGAAUGAAUACAUGGGUAGUCUUAUUAGAAACAACACUUCUAAUUUAAUCAAGAAUCUGAGUUAUACGACCAAUCAGAUGGACUAUUCUGAUCAGAAUACUCUUGCUGAUGAGAAUGACAACAAUACUGGAAAUAGUGGAGCACAUGGAGGAGCUAACAAUAUUAUGUUUUCUUCUACAAACAAUGUUACGCCUUCCAGCUUUUCUCACUUUUGGGAAAACUUCCAAUCUAAACAAUCAAUCAAUGUGGGUGACAAGAACAGCAAUUAUAUCUUUUAUGGAAACAACAUCAACACUGAUCAAUUAACUCAGCUAGGAAAUAACCAUGAAGAUCCAAGUAUGGCCAUUUCAUCUGGGGCAAAUCAUUUUGGAAACACCCCAGCUAUGAAUUUACAUGAAAUGGAUGGUGAAAAAAAGACUGAUGGAAGCUGGUUCGAUAACAUUGGGAGAGAAGAUGAAAAGGACUGUUGGUUUGAUAUUGAGAUUGAUGAGGACGAGGACUAUAAUCCUAAGAAGGAAUUUUAAUUCAUACGCAAUUUGAAGUUUAAUCUAUUGUUAGGAGGUUUGUUUUACUUGAAGUUUUGGACAAGAAAAACCUUGCUAUUUCUGUGAUGUCUAGCUUUCUUAAGUACAAGUUUUAUACAUUAUUGUGUGGUUUGUUUUACAUGGAUUUAUAAACAAGAACAACAGUACUACUUGAAAGGCAUAUGUUAAGCCUAUUUGUAUUUAAGAGUAUUAACUCAACUCUGAUAAGAAAGAAAGUAAAUUAGCAAGCUCUACUGAAGGAAUCCGUACGAAGAACGUCAAGUGAUUUAUUAAAAUCAUAUGUCUGAAGAAUUUCAGGAUGCUGCUGCACACCACUGAAAGAAGUUCAUUAAUAUGUUCAAGCCUCAGUGUACAAAUAAUAUUUGUAGCACGUCCAGAAGUCCAGAAGGUAUAAAGUUUUAAUACUUUAUUUAUUCAGAAGAUUUCAAACUAUUUCUACUUAUGAAGAAGAACUACGAAGACAAAGUCUCGACAAACAAGCCACUUCUCAAAUGUUUAAUUGAUAAAGAAUAUUUGAUUCAGCUAGAUACAGAUGAACCAGACAGUACAUUUGUGUGUCAGCUACUCCGAUUAAAUAUUCUGCAUCAACAAUAGGUGGUCGUUCAAUCAAGACAAAGAAUCAGAUCUUUUAAAGGAAGUCAGAAGACCUGCUGCU